UUUUCUGUUUAAAAAUCGCUGGGUCUGUGGCUGUCUCCUGGGGCUUGGUGCCUUUGACCGAGGCUGGAGACAGCUGCGAACAGCCACGGGCAGCUGAGGUGGCCGUGGGAGCUCCCCCGAGAUGUUCAGCCAGGUGCCCAGGACCCCGGCUGCAGGCUGCUACUAUCUAAAUCCCAUGACACCUGAGAGCCAGGAGAUGUACUUGCGAUUGGAUCAGACUGCCAGGCGCUCUCCCUACAGGAUGAGCCGGAUCCUAGCACGCCAUCACCUAGUGACUAAAAUUCAGCAAGAAAUCGAGGCCAAGGAAGCAUGUGACUGGCUGCGGGCUGCCGGGUUCCCGCAGUACGCUCAGCUGUACGAAGAUUCACAGUUUCCCAUCAACAUCGUGGCUGUCAAAAAAGACCAUGAUUUCCUUGAAAGGGACCUUGUAGAGCCUCUUUGCAGACGACUUAAUGCGUUGAACAAGUGCGCCUCGAUGAGACUUGAUGUGAACCUCCAAAGGAAGAAGGGUGACGACUCAGAUGAGGAAGAUUUGUGCAUCAGCAACAAAUGGACUUUCCAGAGAACCAGCCGCAGGUGGUCCCGUGUGGAUGACCUGCACACCCUGUUCCCCGGGGAAGAAAGAAACGGGUCCCCAGGAGGCCCUAGGAUGAGAAACACGGCCAGCAGCGAGAGUGUGCUCACAGAUCUGAGCGAGCCAGAGGUCUGCUCCCUUCACAGCGAAAGCAGCGGAGGCAGCGACAGCCGCAGCCAGUCGGGCCAUCACUGUGCCGACAGCACGCUGGUGCCGGAGGGCACCCCGGUUAGCGGCGGCCCCCCACAGUCUCCCCGAGACAGUCUCAGCUACCCUUUUCAUCCCAAAAAUGAGAAACCCGCCAGAACCAGGGCCAAGUCGUUCUUGAAACGCAUGGAUACCCUGCGAGCUAAGGGAGCCCACGGGAGGCAUAAAGGGUCAGGGCGGACAGGUGGCCUGGUCAUCAGUGGGCCUGUGCUGCAGCAGGAGCCAGAGUCCUUCAAGGCCAUGCAGUACAUCCAGAUACCCAAUGGAGAUGUGCAGACCUCGCCUCCAGCUGCCUGCAGGAAAGGGCAUCCAUGCGCCAGUAAGUCAGGUGGUGAGAGCAGCCCCGUGGAGAACAGGAGCCAAGUGAGCACCCCGUGUAUGAAGGAGCGCAAGGGGCCCCAUGAGGCCAACAAGCGUGGGGGCAUGUACCUGGAGGACCUGGAUGUGCUGGCAGGGACGGCGCUACCAGACGCAGGGGACCCAAGCCACACGCAUGGGUUUCAUUCCCAAGAGAACUUGGUGGUGCAUAUUCCCAAAGAUCACAAACCAGGGACGUUCCCCAAGGCUCUUUCUAUAGAAAGCCUCUCACCCACCGACAACAGCAAUGGGGUUAACUGGAGGACCGGGGGCAUCUCCCUGGGCAGACAACAGGGCCCGGGCAUGAGGGAACCCAGGCUCAUGACAUCCUGCCACAGAGCCAGCCGAGUCAGCAUCUACGACAAUGUCCCCGGCUCGCAUCUGUAUGCCAGCACAGGGGAUCUGUUGGACCUGGAGAAAGACGGCCUCCUCCCACAGCUGGAUGACAUUUUGCAGCAUGUCAACGGCAUCCAGGAGGUGGUGGAUGACUGGUCAAAGAAUAUCUUACCGGAACUGCAAAGCCACGAUGUGUUGGCAGGGGAGCCUGGUGUAUCCCCGUUUCCAUCUCCCAAUCAGAUCACUUUAGAUUUUGAGGGCAACUCGGUCUCGGAAGGUCGGACAACACCCAGUGAUGUGGAAAGGGAUGGAACUUCUCUGAACGAAUCGGAGGCCGCUGGGGUAAAAGAAAGAAGGGACUCUGGUGUGGGGGCCUCUCUGACCAGGCCAAACAGGCGACUACGAUGGAGCAGCUUCCAGCUCUCACAUCAGCCUCAGCCGUCUCCGGCCACGCCGCACAUCAGCAGCCAGACAGCGGCCCAGCUGAACCUGCUGCAGCGCUUCUCACUGCUUCGCCUCACAGCCAUCAUGGAGAAGUACUCCAUGUCCAGCAAGCACGGCUGGACCUGCCUCGCUGCACGGUGCGCCCCGGGGGCCUUGCAUGACCUGGUUUCUGUGAAUUCCAGGUCCGUUCCCAAGUUCAUGAAGAGGACGAAGGUUCCUGACUACAAAGACAAGGCUGUCUUCGGUGUCCCACUCAUAGUCCACGUCCAGAGAACAGGACAGCCUCUGCCUCAGAGCAUUCAACAAGCACUGAGGUAUCUGCGUAGCAGCUGUCUGGAUCAGGUGGGUCUUUUCCGCAAGUCGGGAGUGAAGUCUCGAAUCCAUGCUCUGCGUCAAAUGAACGAGAACUUCCCUGAGAACGUGAGCUACGAAGACCAGUCUGCGUAUGAUGUAGCAGACAUGGUAAAGCAGUUCUUCCGGGACCUCCCCGAGCCCCUGUUCACCAAUAAGCUCAGCGAGACCUUCCUCCACAUCUAUCAGUAUGUCCCCAAGGAACAGCGGCUGCAGGCGGUGCAGGCGGCCAUCUUGCUGCUGGCGGACGAGAACCGGGAGGCCCUGCAGACCCUCCUGUGCUUCCUCCACGACGUGGUGAACUUGGUGGAAGAGAAUCAGAUGACGCCCAUGAACCUGGCCGUGUGUCUGGCCCCCUCCCUCUUUCACCUGAACCUGCUGAAGAAAGAAAGCUCGCCCAGAGUCAUCCAAAAGAAAUAUGCCACCGGGAAGCCGGAUCAGAAGGACCUCAAUGAAAAUCUAGCAGCAGCCCAGGGGCUGGCCCACAUGAUCACAGAAUGCAACCGACUCUUUGAGGUUCCUCACGAGAUGGUGGUCCAGUCUCGGAGCUCCUACUUGGAGGCUGAAAUCCGAGUCCCCAGCCUGGAAGACUUGGGAACACAGCUGGCAGAGAGCGGGGCAACUUUCCACACAUACCUGGAGCAUCUUGUCCAAGGCCUCCAGAAAGAAGCCAGGGAGAAAUUCAAAGGAUGGGUCACAUGUUCCAGCCUCGACAACACAGACCUUGCUUUCAAAAAGGUGGGGGACGGGAACCCGCUGAAGCUGUGGAAGGCGUCGGUGGAGGUAGAGGCCCCACCCUCCGUGGUGCUGAAUCGCGUGCUGAGGGAACGCCACCUAUGGGAUGAGGACUUCGUGCAGUGGAAAGUGGUGGAGUCUUUGGACAGGCAAACAGAAAUCUACCAGUACGUGCUGAACAGCAUGGCCCCACAUCCCUCCAGAGACUUCGUGGUACUCAGGACCUGGAAGACCGACUUGCCCAAAGGAAUGUGCACCCUGGUGUCCCUGUCUGUGGAGCAUGAAGAAGCCCAGCUGAUGGGCGGCGUGCGGGCCGUGGUGAUGGACUCUCAGUACCUGAUAGAGCCGUGCGGUUCCGGCAAGUCCAGGCUGACCCACAUCUGCAGGAUAGACCUGAAGGGUCACUCCCCGGAAUGGUACAGCAAAGGCUUCGGACACCUCUGUGCUGCGGAAGUUGCCAGAAUCAGAAACUCUUUCCAGCCCCUCAUUGCUGAAGGUCCAGAAACGAAAAUCUGAGCUGGCCCCAGUGUGAUGUCAAACUCAGGGAACAGGAAGGGGAAACCAACCCGCGGUGUGAGGCCUGUACAAAUGACCAGGAGAAGGAAACACUGUCCGGUGGGGACCGGAGGCCACGGAGUAUGUUCCUAACCUGCCGGGAGAUGGCUAAUCCCUACUAAUACAACGUCUUGGACAUGUAUCUAUGUUGCUUAAAAUUAAAUGGGCUACUCCUUACGCAUUGCCUAAUUUGCUAUUUAAGGGCUUCUAAGAAGCGUGUUUUAGCUGUAAAUAAAUGUACUGUAGCAUUUGUACAUGCGUGUGGACAUCUCCCUUUGCUGUAAUAUAUGUAAACUAUGGUUUUACGUGUAAUUGUCUGACUCUGUGAGUCUCCUCACAUGGCACUUCCCAGGUUGCUGUAGACCCCAUGUCCCUCCAGUCCCAGCUGAGCAGAACCUGCUGUCACCAAAGCGUGACACGGGCAGUCUGUCAGCCUGCCCAUGCUAACCCAAAGAUCAGCUAGCCAAAGAAAAAUAGCCUUAAAAGCUUCUCCCCCACGUCGGCCUCUUCUUUCUGAGGUUUGAAAACUGGAGUGGGGGUGUCGAGAUAAACUGAACGAAAUAACAUUUGCUUCUCUCUCUAACACAAAGCAACAGGGAAGAGCUGGCUGCCAAAUCCAAGGCUAGACUCUGCGUGGCCUCCGGGCCCACUCUGUGAAAUUGGAGUGAGAUGUCAGGUGACCGCUGGAGUUGGCACCAGGGACCGAAACAGAACUGCUACCCCCCCACCCCUACAUCGGGGUGAACAGUGGAGCCCGUCCACAAAGCUAAAGGGAGCCCCCAGUCCUCUCAAGACUCAGAGAGUUCUCAUAAUGCUGUUUAGUGAUCUAUGUGACCAGUGGCCAAUACGGCCACAGUGAUUCACCAUGUUCUUGCACUGACCUUGACUCUGGACACCAGACAAAGCAAGAUGAUGGUCCAUCAAGUGUCCAGAGUCAUCACAGCUUCAGGGAAUUUAGAGUAUCCUAUAGAUGACGCUCUUAAAAUCUAAUCCAUUAAAAAUCUUGCAAUUUAAAAGACAGGGUUUUAAACUAACAAAAGACCAAAACUGUAUCAUUAGUUAUCUGUCAAAAUUACAGGCAGAUGUAUCAAUCCUAUGUUUCUUCAUUACCCGGCACCAGCACCCAUGUGUUUGACCCCCAACCUUAUUUAUUAUUGUACAGACUGAGCAAACGUGAGAAUGGAUUUGCUAUUUUUAUUGUAAUGCAACAUCUGUAGAGAGAUAACUUAUUAUGUCUGGCUUCCAGGGGAGAUUUUCUUAGGUUGUCUGGACAGAGACUGAUAACCCAGUUCAGCAACUGUUGUUGGGAGAAAAGCAAAAACAAAUGUGUCUUUUCAGGGUGGUUGUUGUAUGAUACACAAUUACACACAAUUAGUGUUUACACACUAAUCCAGUGUUUUCUCUUAUCUGUUGUGUGCAAUCAUUUUAUUGGGAGGACUAAAGAUGUUUUCUGUAUGUCUGGCGUGGCACAAGGAAAAUCAGGGUAGGAAUUUUUCAUUCUCAUGUCUACCUGGGAGAGUGUCAGUCAGACCGCAGGUCACUGUCUGGGCAGUGCUCUGUGGACUGGACUUUCACUGCUGCCGUUACAUCAUGCACGUCAUGCUAGUCGACCCUUUACGUACUGGUCAGGUCAUCAACGAAGCUUAGUUGAUGGGCACCUGGGACGAAUGGCUUUGUUUCCCAAGGAGCAUCUUUGCUUAGUACACACUGGGAAUUACCUGAAGACCUUGUUCAAAUGCUCUGAUCCAGGCAGUCUGGGUGGACCUGACAUUCUGUAUUUCUAACAAGCCCAGGGGAUGCAGGUUGCUGGCCUCAAGGACACACUUUGAGAAAUAAGGACCCAGGGAAUGCUUAAAACUGAAUAAAAUGAUGUGAUUGUGUUUCUCACCCCCUUUCUUCCAGCUAACCUGACUUUUCGGUUUUAUGCACAUACUAAUCACAUCACCUCUGCUAACCACAAGAUGCGUCUUUAAAAUAAAGGAAAAAGGGAGGGGAGAAAAAUGAUGCAGCGAGCUUUGUUUGUCAAAAUACAAUGCCACAGUAUUUUAUUCAUUGUUAUCUUGCCGAUGGAAAUAAAAUAUUUGCAUUUAAAUAUUA